UCACAAUACGUAGUACAUAGGCUGGGCAAGACCAUGUUGAAUGCUUAGCCAAUUCGAAUAUUUUGGUCUACUUUGCCCUAAGCCUUGUGCUUAAAAACACAAAAAAAAAAAUAAGAAAAAAAAUAAGAAAAGAUAAAGGAAUAAAGGGUAAGGUUUAUUUUGCAAACAAUAGUUUCACAUCAAUGGAGUUUGCAAAAUAUUUAUAUGUUAUUGUAACUAUUUUUGUAACUGUUACUACUACGUCUCAAGCUGAAGAUGUUGAAAAUAACGCAGUUAAACACUUAGAGAAUGAUAAAUGGUUUCUGAGAAAACUUGCUGAAGCGUAUAAUGCUUCGUUACGAGCUUAUCAUCAUGACCCCCAUGAAGUUAUCAACGAACUCAACUAUCAUGUCCAUAGGUCAUUGGAAGGAAGCAAUAGCACAAGAAGAGGGCUAAGUAAGUAUUCAGGUGAAUGCAAGGCUCAAAACCCAAUUGAUCGUUGCUGGAGAUGCAAAAAUAAUUGGAUGACUAAUCGAAAAAAGUUAGCAAAUUGUGUAAAGGGUUUCGGCCGAAAAACAACUGGAGGGAAAAAGGGUCCGUAUUACACAGUAACGGACCCGUCAGACAAUGAUUUAGUGGAUCCAAAACCAGGGACCCUACGGUAUGCAGUGCUUCGACCCGGGCCAUUGUGGAUAAUAUUUGGAAAAAGCAUGAAGAUAAAAUUAAAGGGAGAAUUAAUGGUAACAAGUGACAAAACAAUCGAUGGGCGUGGCGCUCAAGUUGAGAUAGCUGGGGGAGCAGGGAUCACGAUCCAAUUUGCUAAUAAUGUGAUCAUCCAUAAUUUAAAGAUCCAUGAUAUCCACCCGGCAUCGGGCGGAAUGAUUAGGGACACUGACAAUCAUGUGGGGAUUAGAGGUAGUGAUGAUGGAGACGGUAUUAAUGUGUUCGCUUCGACGAAUAUUUGGUUAGAUCAUCUUUCGAUGUGGAAUUGCAAUGAUGGACUUAUUGACAUCGUUAAAGCAUCUACUGCCAUUACUCUUUCGAACAAUCAUUUUACUCGACAUGACCAUGUUUUGUUAUUUGGAGCCAAUGAUAAAGACCCGGCAGAUGAAAUUAUGCAAAUCACAUUGGCUUUUAAUCAUUUUGGAAAAGGUCUUGUUCAAAGAAUGCCAAGGUGUAGAUUUGGUUUUUUCCAUGUACUUAACAAUGAUUACACACAUUGGCUUAUGUAUGCUAUUGGUGGUACUGCACACCCUACCAUUAUCAGUCAAGGAAAUCGGUUCAUUGCCCCUCCUAAUCCCAUUGCUAAAAUGAUCACAAACAGGAACAAUGUCGUGGGUACGGAGUGGAAAAGUUGGAUUUGGAGAUCAGAGAACGAUAUUUUCAUCAAUGGAGCUUAUUUUGUGGAAUCUGGGCAUCCAAUAGAUCAGAGUCGCUUCAAGAAGGAUUUCAUUAAAUCUAAACCAGGAUCAUAUGUGAGAAGGCUCACUCGCUUUACGGGUUUUAUCCGUUGUGCGCCUGGGAAAAAAUGUUAAUUUUAUUUUAAGUUUUUAUUAAGAAUUAUUUAAGUUUUUGCACUUUUUUUCUUUGUUACUCCUUAAAAAAUUUUGUAAAAUAAAAGAAUGGGGGGGUAAUUUGCCCCCCUUGUCCUAAUUGAAAAUAGACAUGACCAUCCAUAACUGUAAAAAAAUGAAAUUGUUAGUUGAAUCUA